AUGCCUAAAGGAAAAGUCAAUUUACAAGCUCCAAAUGAUUGUCAGAAAAAGCAAACAUUGUCCAUAAUACAACGUUCACUUCCUCCUGAAGUUCCUUGGGUAUCCACAACAAAUUUCCAUAGUCUUCCAACCCCUGCUCCUUCACCACAACUUUUUCCACCUGUUUCAGCUGAGGGAUAUCCCCCUCCUCCGCCUGACGAGGAGACACUUGUUACUCAUAUCAGCCCUGAUUCAGGAGUAGUUACGUCUUUGCAAAUGUGUCAAAACUAUAUAGUUGUGGGGAUGGAUAACAAAAAGAUCCAUAUAUUUGAUGUAUCCGAUGGUAAUUACAUAAAAACAUUGACAGGACACGAAGGUGGUGUGUGGGCGUUGCAAUAUAUUGACGAAGUUUUAGUUUCUGGAGGCUGUGAUAGAGAAGUUCGGGUUUGGGAUAUUAUUACAGCUGAAUGCAAACAUGUUUUACACGGCCACACAUCAACGGUACGCUCAUUAAAAAUGAAGGAUAAAACCAUUGCCGUUAGUGGUUCUCGCGAUGCAACUCUUCGUGUUUGGAAUAUAGAAGAAGGUAGAUUACUUCAUUUGUUGGCUGGACACCAAGCGAGUGUACGGUGUAUGGAAAUUUGUGGUGACAUAGUAGUAUCUGGAAGUUAUGACUGCACUGCUCGUGUAA